AUGGGUUUACCACAAUCCAGACUAGAAUCAUUAUAUAAGGAUUUUAGGCCAUUACAAGAAUUGAAUUAUGAUGGAUAUCAAGCUAAUAUAGCAACUUGGAAGAAGUAUUUGCUCUCAGAGUACUCGCCAAAUGUUGAACGUUUGACAAUGAAAAUUGGGGAUGAUUUCUUAAGAAGUUUAAAUCAGGAAGUGUACGGAAUUCCAAAAUCGAUUGAUGUUGUUAUUGAUUCAAUGGUAAGUGACGGAACACUAGUCACAAUUGAGGACUUUACUAAUGGUUUAUUGGGAAAUGGAGAAGGUUCGAAUGUUGUUGGUUGGUUCAAAAGCAAGCUUGGGUUCAGUAGAAAGUUUGUCAGUCGAAAAGAUGAAUCAAGUACUGGGUAUAUGAAAGAAAUGGAAUUAAUCCAUAAACAGAAUCUAAUUAAAAUCUCAGAAAAAAUACAUGAUAAUAUCAAAAGAAACAUUAUUCGCAAAAUUACAAGUUUUACUGGAUGCAUCUUGUGUAAGGAAGAAUUUUGCCAGAAAGCAGGCAUCUCUGAGGUUGUCACAGAUAAAGAAGAUGUAGAAAUAUUGAUAAAAUACUUGGAUUAUUAUAAAAAUAUUCUGGUAUAUGAUAAAGAGGUGAUUAAAUUGCUGGGAAUACCUGAAUCAUGGAUCAUUGAUGAAGGUUCCAAGAAUAGAAUCACUGAAAAUGAUGUAAAAAUAUCAGAGGUUAAAGAUGCAUUAUUCAAAAUUAAACUAAAGAUAGGAUAUUUGGAAAACAAAAAUGACAAACAAAUGGCCAAGAUAUUGGAUAAAAACAUUGGGAGAGAAACUAGAAAGGAAUACUUAAUUGGGAAAAAAAUUAUUGAUAAGCAUCUAUCGAAUUUAUUAAGAUAUAAAAAUAAUUUGUUAGAAAUGAAGAAUCAAAUAGAUGCAUCGGCAACGAAUAACUUACUUGUAAAAACAUUAACAGCAUCUCAUGAUAUUCUGAAGUCUUUGAAUGACUAUACAGGUUCUGUUGAGAAUGUAGAGGUAUUGCUCAAUAAAAUUGAGGAUCAAAAACACAUUUCUGAAGAUAUUAAUGAAGCCCUAGCAUCGACUAAUUUAUCCUAUGAUGAAAAUAUAAUUGAUGAUACCGAAUUGGAAAGUGAUCUUAAGAAACUAGAAGAUACCUUGGAAAAGGAAAAUAAAACUAAGGAAAAGAAGGCUAAGGAAUAUAGGACAGAAGGAAAUAAGGAAACUGAAUCUAGCAAUGAACUGUUAGGGAAAUUAAGCCAAUUAUCAAUAAAAGAUGAUGAAUUAAAUUUUGAAGCAAACAAGCUGCCGAAUACUACUGAACGUAUACCUGAACAGGAACAUAUAUAG